UGACCUGAUAAUAAGCACAUGUAAGCUUUACUUUUAAAAGAAUGAAUCAUAUUGUAAACUGCAGUUGACAGCCUGUGGCACUUAUCGAGCAUGGUAAAACGUGAAAAUUUGGCAGAAACUUCUGCCUUCAGGCUGGACAUAUAAGUCUCGUUACGAUUCGUGACAGGGUCAAACUAGAGCGCUUUUCAGUAGCUUGCACUACAGACCAUUUGAGAACCCGCGAAAAUUGGAAGAUUUCGUUAGAGGGUAGUUUGUCUGUCAACAAUAUUGUGUGAAAUUGCUAAAAUGAAUUCGUCGGGCGGUAGCGAAGGUUUAGGACAGCGGAAGGUUGCCGUAAUCGGUGCCGGUAUGGCGGGACUGUGUACAUUACGGCACUUCGCGCCUGAUCCUAAUUAUGCCGUUGUUGCCUUUGAACGGAUGAGCACCAUUGCCGGCAUUUGGAACUAUCCAGCCCCAGAGUGUGAGCAGUUUGCCGAACUGGACGAACCGGAAACAUCAUCCCGCUACUGUCGAAUUUACCGUGAUCUGAGAACAAAUUCUCCUCGGGAUCUUACUGGCUACCCAGAUUUUCCGUUCCCAAAACAGGACGAAAGCUAUGUCAAGAGAGAGAUGGUCGUUCAAUAUUACCAUAAAUAUGCCAAACAUUUUGAUUUGCUGCGGCUUAUAAAGUUUCGUCAUCAAGUAUCUUUCGUGAAGCCCAUUCGAGAUGCAUCGGGUAAGGUGAGGAAAUGGCAUCUUGAGGCACUGGAUUUGGAAUCUGGACGGACUUUCGCAGACGAAUACGACAUCGUUGUCGUUUGUAAUGGUCAUUAUCAUAAGCCAAACAUUCCCAAACUGGAAGGUAUUGAGAAUUUCCGCGGCCGAAUAAUUCAUAGCAGCCAGUACAGAAUUCCUGAACCGUUCACUAAUAAAAUCGUCCUGGUGAUCGGCGCACGAUCUUCGGCCAUGGAUAUUGCCUGCGAACUGAUUCCCUAUGCCAAACAGAUAAUUGUCUCUCGUCGCUUCCAAGCAUCCGUCUUCAAAGACAAAUUUCCCAACGUCACCGAGACAACCGAACUGACCAGUUUCGGGCCGGACCACGUCGUACUGCGCGACGGCAGCAUCCGCCCGGUCGAUGAAAUCGUACUGUGCACCGGUUUCGUGUACGAUUUCCCGUUUCUCUCCCCCGACUGCAAUGUGCACUGCACCCGUGGCCGCGUCUAUCCGCUGUACCGUCACCUGAUCCACUGCGAAAAUCCCAGCUUGGCCUUCGUGGGACUGGCCAACAUGGCGGUCUUCAGUCACGUGGCCAACGCCCAGGUGCAGUACUAUAAAGCCGUACUGGACGGACGUCUGGCGCUGCCCAGCACGCCGGAAAUGCUGGCCGCCUCGGAGAAGGACCUGCAGGACAAAUUGGCAGCCGGCAGUCCGGAACAUUUGGCUCAUGAGAUGACGGUGUCACAGUGGGAUUAUAUGGAAAGGCUGGCUAAGGAGGCGGAGUUUCCGUCGUACGAGCCCUCCACGAGACGGUUGUUUGAGUUGAAUAUCAUGGGUAUUCGGACGAUGCCCUAUGGGUUCCGCAACUUCCGGAUGGAAAAGAUUGACCGGGAUAAUUUUGUGCGGGAGCCGAUUGAGCCGGGCUCCAAAGCCGCGAUAGCCAAUGGUCGACCAACGACGACAGUGCCUAAUGGAAUCGCUUCGUAGUUUUAUUCUUGUAACUCAAUAACCUGAUUGUUGUGACUUCUGCAGUUUUAAUGGCUUUUUUAACUGUGCACGUUUAUAUAUACUCUUAUAAUAUUCAUAAGCUUUUGUUGCAUGUCAGAGAUGCGAGUAUAUGUUUUUGUCGGCGUCCGUCUCUUGCUCAAGUUCAAAGACGAUUUCUAAUUGUCCACAGAAACUGAAGUUGCCGUAAC